GGCCGCCGCCAUGAUGCUUGUUUGCUUUCAAUGAAAACGAAGGGGGCGCGGAGGAGGAGGCGUCGGCGUCGGUGGCGGCGGCGACGGCGGCGCGGAGGCGAAGGCGGCGGCGGGCGCAGAGAAGAGGGCGAGGCUGGGGGCCGAGAGGGCGGGAAGGCGUAGUAGCGGCCCGUCAGGGCGGCUGAGGCGGGCGGCUGAAGCGGGAGAGCUCGGAGGGGGAACAAAGAGCGGCGGCUGAGGCGGCAGAGGAGCGGCGGCGGCGGCGCUGCAGCAGCGGGCGGGACUGGUAUGGUGGUUCCACAGGGCAGACCCCGCUGCACUCACAGGGAGGAGGCGGCGGCAGCGACGGAGGAAGGCGGCGCACCCCGGGAGGCAUGCCCAAAGAAAAAUACGAGCCCCCUGACCCUCGGAGGAUGUACACAAUUAUGUCUUCUGAGGAAGCAGCAAAUGGAAAGAAAUCACAUUGGGCAGAGCUUGAAAUAAGUGGAAAAGUAAGAAGCUUAAGCUCAUCUUUAUGGUCACUAACUCACUUGACAGCUUUGCAUUUGAGUGACAAUUCCCUGUCCCGCAUUCCUUCAGACAUUGCCAAACUUCACAAUUUGGUGUAUCUGGACCUGUCAUCUAAUAAAAUCCGUAGUUUACCGGCAGAACUCGGAAACAUGGUAUCACUCAGGGAGCUCCAUUUAAAUAACAACCUGUUACGAGUUCUACCUUUUGAGCUGGGAAAACUGUUUCAGUUGCAGACGUUAGGCCUAAAAGGAAAUCCACUUGCCCAGGAUAUAUUGAACCUCUAUCAGGAACCAGAUGGAACAAGAAGGCUACUGAACUAUUUGCUUGAUAAUUUGUCAGGUACUGCAAAAAGAAUUUCAACAGAACAGCCACCUCCAAGAUCUUGGAUUAUGUUACAAGAGCCAGACAGAACAAGGCCAACUGCCUUGUUUUCUGUCAUGUGCUAUAAUGUUCUUUGUGAUAAAUAUGCGACCCGGCAGUUAUACGGCUACUGUCCAUCAUGGGCACUAAAUUGGGACUACAGGAAAAAGGCCAUUAUUCAAGAAAUCUUGAGUUGCAAUGCUGAUAUCAUAAGUCUUCAGGAGGUUGAAACGGAACAGUAUUACAGUUUUUUUCUGGUAGAACUGAAAGAACGUGGCUAUAAUGGAUUCUUUAGUCCUAAAUCAAGAGCUAGGACAAUGUCAGAACAAGAAAGAAAACAUGUUGACGGCUGUGCAAUAUUCUUCAAGAUAGAAAAAUUUACUUUGGUUCAGAAACACACUGUUGAAUUUAAUCAGCUAGCAAUGGCAAAUUCAGAAGGGUCUGAAGCUAUGCUGAACAGAGUCAUGACAAAAGAUAACAUUGGAGUUGCAGUACUGCUAGAACUUCGAAAGGAGUUGAUUGAAAUGUCAUCUGGAAAGCCACAUCUUGGAACAGAAAAGCAACUAAUUCUUGUGGCUAAUGCUCACAUGCAUUGGGACCCUGAAUACUCUGAUGUAAAGUUGGUACAAACUAUGAUGUUCCUCUCAGAAGUGAAGAACAUUAUUGAUAAAGCUUCUCGAAACCUCAAAUCCAGUGUAGUGGGAGAAUUUGGAACUAUUCCACUUGUGUUAUGUGCAGAUCUUAAUUCUUUGCCAGACUCUGGUGUUGUAGAAUAUUUGAGCACUGGUGGAGUAGAAACAAAUCAUAAAGACUUUAAGGAACUGAGAUAUAAUGAAAGUCUUACAAAUUUCAACUGUAAUGGGAAGAAUGGAACAACCAAUGGAAGGAUCACUCAUGGUUUCAAGUUAAAGAGUGCCUAUGAGAGUGGCCUGAUGCCUUACACAAAUUACACAUUUGAUUUCAAGGGUAUAAUUGACUACAUCUUCUAUUCUAAACCUCAGCUGAACACAUUAGGCAUCCUGGGACCUCUGGACCACCAUUGGCUGGUUGAGAAUAACAUCAGCGGCUGCCCACAUCCACUCAUCCCCUCUGACCACUUCUCACUUUUUGCACAACUGGAGCUCUUACUGCCUUUCCUGCCCCAAGUUAAUGGCAUUCACCUUCCUGGCAGGAGGUAGUCAAGUACCUUCAGAGGACAACCUCAAUUUACUUGUAAACUCGUGAAAAUCUGAAUAUAGGGGAGUGAGGUAUGGCCACUAGGGAUUUUUUUUCUUAAUGAUGAGUUGAAUUUUCAAUCUGAUUAUUUAAUAAGAAUACAGUGUGAAAGCCAGGUGCUAGCAACAGACAAAUUCUGAGCCCAAUAUGCUUUAUAUUACUGCUAGACAGGGAUUGGUGCGUUUGCACCUAUCUUUAAUUUGUUAUAAGAAAUUUUCCUGUUUCUUCUAUCCAAUAUAAUAUUUUCAUGCCUUGAAAUAGGAAAAUGUUUGAACAGCAUAUUCUCUUUGCACAGAAAUCUGUAGCACUACUUUUUUGAGGCCAGUAGUAACAUCCAGAGACCAUUCUUCCAUACUUUACUCCCUUCUUUUUCAGACUUGUUUGUAAAAUAUAGAAUUUGAAUUUAGCCUUUAUGAUGUAUAUGAUCCACAGAAGACCUGAUUUAUGAAAUUUUGUACUAAAGAAAAUCAGAUUUGAAAAUGAUUGUAUUGUAAACUAAGGCUAAAUUUUUUUUUUUACCUGUUUCAUGUGUUAUAAAGGCCAGCUUGUAAAAGAAGCUGCAACAGACUUUCUCUGCUCAUGAUUUGCACUGUUAGGGUUUUGUUAGCCCUUUUGUACUACUUUAUUUUUAAAUUGAGAACAUUGUUCUUUAAAUCUAAAUCUACUUAAACGUUAGAACAUUUUCUUGGACCAGAGGCAACUUAUUAAUGAAUUUCUGAAUUUUUACAAAAACUAUCUAUCUACCAGGACAGAUAAGCUGAACAGUGAAUGAUCUGUAGGCAUUUAUGGAUUGAAUGUAAUGGCUGGUAUAUGUACAUUCUGAUAUUUUUAAAUCUUUGACUUUUUUAAGUUAAAAAAUUACAGCUGCUUAGGUAUAGCUUCUUAACUCCUUUUUGAGACACUUCCUGUCCUAUCUCCACUGUGCCUGCCUAAAUUUGUUCUCACCAAGCACUGCCUGUGCAUGCAGAGAAAAUCUGUGCAUCCUCUUUUAUAUUUUUAAAAUCCUGUUUAACAUUUGUGAGAAUUUUAUGAAAAUGCUUUUGUAUGAGCUGUGGCUUUUUCCCGUUGUGCGGCAUUGAAUAUCAUUUUUUGGGACAUGUUCAUAGGGUGGGUCCCUGGAUCUUUGCUCGCCAGACCCAAGCACUGCUUCUCGGUGUCAUUGCACAGUGCUGCCUGUCACCCAGAAUACUACUAUCAUGUGAAAUCUUUCUGUUAUCCAUGUAUUCCUUAGUCUGUUUAUUUUUUUUUAAUCAUUCCUUUUUUUAAGAAAACAUAAUUUUCCGUUUAUGAACCAGUAUACCUUAGAUGCAUUUUCAAAACAGGUCCCUAAGACAAUUCUUCAGAUCAUUUUAAAGUGACUAAGUCAUUUUAGUAUGUCAACCCAGGUAAAAGUUAUAUUGUACCCUGUAUUUUGCCCAUAGUGCCAUUAGUAGAUUAGAGAUUAAAGCCAGCUUUGACUUUGCUAAGUUAACCUGUAUGUGUAAUGUUCUCAUUCAUCCAUUCUCUCAAAAAUCAGAUGAAUUCAGAGGGAGCUUGAUCUAACUGCUUUUGUUUCAACUGCAGGCAGGGGAGCAAAAGGACACCAUGUGAGCAUUAAGAAAAAAAACUGUUGAAUGAAUGUUACUAACAAUUUUUAUACAGAGAAUGAGUCAUUUUGAAUAAUGACUUAAAAUUUUAUGAAAAAUGUUUAGCACUUAAAUGUGCUCAUUCUGUUUUUAAGAAAAAAUAAAAUUACAUACUGUUUAAAUAAAUGAUUCUUUUUUUUUUUUUUUUUUUCCUUUUCUUUUAGAAAAUUCCCCAAAAGGUUUUGAUCUUGAAUCUUUGUCUUGGACCUGGUUUUUCCUUUGAGGGCUUUUUUUUUUCCUCUAAAGAUUUUGUUGUGAUGUUGUAGUUUUUUAUAUUUUGUGUUUUGUUUUAAGUUGUGCUGACACCAAACAAAUCCACUUAACAAUCAGUACAUUGGAAAGCUGGUAUUGAUAUAGAACCAGUGCAUAACUUUUUAUGGGUUUUUGUUUUGUUUUGUUGUUUUGUAAGGUGUGAAUAAAAGGUGUAUUUACUCAUUUUCCCUGAACACUGUGUUGGUAAUGUGCAUCAUGACAAUUUCCAGUGAGGGCAAGCUGGAGCUGGUUGGACCGAGACUGAGGAAGCCACUUUUCCUAUGAUCUGCAUUAUGUAAUCAUAAGUCCAGAGAGCUUUAUGGAAGAGGGAGGGGAGGAGCACUUACUCGUUUUGUAUUUGUUAAUGGAGGAUGUAAUCUUUUCAUAGAUGCUGGAACUAGAGUGCACUUGUUAGAUGCUUAAGGUUUGAGCUUUACACAAAAUGUUUUCAUCUGUAUUUGUUAUUGUCUACAAUAUCUUUGUAUUUUGGAGCAGCAUAUUAAGAUAUAAUGGCCUGUUAUGUCUUGAAAAUACUUGUUUUUGCCUUUUCCAGGCAUACUGCAUUCUGUGGGUUUUUUGAACAGCUUCUCCACUUGGAUAGUGAUAAAUUGAACUGAGAAUGUAGACUUACAAGUGUAACUUUCAAAAUAGAAAGAAAUAUUUGGAGUCUAUAGGAAAUAAAUAGUCACACCAAAAUAGAGUAUGAUACUUUUGUGAAGCAAAGUUUUAUGUUUUAGAUAUUUUCUGUGUCCUGAAUAAUUUCCAAUAAUCCAUACUCUCUAUAAUGCAAUAAAAACUAGUAUAUUUUCACAGUAUAGAUUGUUUUCAAAACUCUUUAACAAAUGUAUUUAAUGUGUUGCCAUAUUAUAAUUUCAGUGUUCUUCUUGGAUAAAUCCAUCUUAGGAAUAUUUUACAGAAAAUUCGGGAAAAGUUUUCUGUCUUAAAGAUCAGAAAUUUGAAGGUACUCAAUUCCUUUUUGCAGAUCUCUAAAAGUGUGGUUAACCAUAUUGGUGGUAAUAUUUAUGCCUUGAGUAUUUAAAUAAUGUUCAUCAAAAUUAAUUUGUGACAUAUUUUAAAGUUGUAGAAAUAAAUUGUUGAUUGCAACUUUAAUAGUCCUAGAAGAUAGACAAAAGAACAUCUCCAAGAAUGUGUUUUGGUUUUUUUUUUUUUGUCUAUUUGAUUUGAUGACAACAGGGAAAUUUUAUUUUGGGUUAGCACUUUGAAAUCUAGGGACAUUAUUAAAUUGGAUGAAAUGCACUUCUAAAUGCUGAAAUUAAAUUUCAAAGCUCUUCUAAGAUUCAGGUUUUCAAUAACAUUCAAGUUUCAGAGUUCCACUUUGACUAAACCAUAAAAAUUAGUUUCCAUAGUGACUUUUAAGGUUUUGGAGUCAUGUAACAAGGACAAAAGCCAACCUAGGUAAAACAGUUAUAGAAGUUUGUUCUCUUAAUAAAACAGUCAGAACAUCCAGUAAAAUGUUGCAGAUAAUUCAAAGAACAGCUUUAGUAGGUGUUUCUCCCAAACUCAUUAACAGUGUUUUAAGAUGUUCACUUUGCUCUUCUUUUUGGUCACUUAAAUUUUAAUAACUGAUACAUUGAUGUGUCUAAAAUAAAGUAUCUAGUCUUUAUUCAUAGUACAUUAUAUUGUGUCAUGCACUGGACUAACUCUUGUUUACCAUUCAUGUAACAAAAUCCAGCACAUUUAUCUGCACUAAGCUCAAAGAAUGUCACAUUUGCCCAGGUGGCUCUUUGAUAAGGAUGAUGGGAAACCGAAUAUAUAUCAUAUGGACUGGUGGUAACAAGGGCUUUUACUGUUCUUUUCAGUGGAACCUUCUUGGUCAAAUUGUAUCUAGCUAGUAUUAUAUUUAUAUAUACAGGGUCUCUUCUCUACUGAUGUAUUUUCCUACUCAUAGCCAACCAAUAAAUUCAGUAUCUGUUUCAAAUAUUUUAAAAGUGUAAUUUGUAUAGCUGUAGUAAGUACUGAAGUUUGAGAAAAAUAAGUGUUAAUCAGCAGGCUACGUAUUUAAAAUUCUGAGUCAUCUGGGACAGGGUUAUAACUCAUCCUUCCAAAGGGAAGAGUGAAUGGGGGCAGGGCCGUGAUAAGGGGAAAUGGUGUAAACUAAUGUAUUGCCUUACUGGCUGUGUUACUCUGUAUAACACUUGUAUCUUUGCCAAAGUUCAAAUUUAUACUUAGGCAAGUGAUGGUCCUUUUGCAUUUAGGAUUUUUGUUGAUGCUGUUACCAUAUACCUCAUAAUAUAAGAAAUGGGCUCAUGGGUCUUCCGUCUUUUGGAAGGAGGUUGACAUAUUUUAAAUAAAUGCUUUUAAAUACAGUAGCAAA